UCAGUGUGGCAUGUGGUUAGACAGAUCUGUGUGCACAUGUGAUAAAGUUUGGUUACGGCUUUAGUGAGGUAACGUUACAUUUUUACCUGACGCCUGUUUCCAGAAUGUCCAAGAAGGUCAGAGGAACAAAGUCAGACUGGGUCAAGUGUUCCCCCAGCGGCUGCCUGGUCAGCAGGACUGACCUGGUCCGGCGGGACGUCCCGGUCAGCCCGGCGGAUGAGACCGACUUGGACCCGAGAGUGAGUGGCGCAGGGUUAGGGUAUGUCGGCGAGGAUGGAUAUCUGAGAGCCGUGGUGUACAGUCACAAAGUUGAUGUUGAAAAGCCAAAGCUGCCACAAAGUACACAACAGGAACUUGUGCAUCUUAGUCCAACCACUAUGGCGCUGUGUAAGCUGUGUGUUGGCAGACCAGUACUGAUCUCCUGUGUGAAGACCAACAGGGCAGUUGUGGGCACAGCCUGGCCAGGGCCCCCCCUCUCCCUCACCAGUGUUGGGCUGUGUGAGGGGUUACGGGUGAACUGUGGUGCAGACCCUGGUGCUAUAGUUCUGGUUCAACCCCUGCUGGGACCCUUCCUACCUCUGGCAGAGCUUCAUCUGGAACCAAGGAAAUAUAUGGAAUUCCAGAAAACGAGAUGUUUCCAAGAUUACUGCAGACAGCAAUUAGGUUUGCAGAUUCUCAUCCCUGGGAACUCCAUACAGCUGGCUUAUUAUGGAAAGCCAUGUGUCCUCACAGUGGGUCAAACAUGUGGUGUGGACGGCAGAACCCAGACUAACAGAUGUCCAGAGGAAAACAUCCUGGCAAAGUCCUCUCUUGUGGAAGAGCAAACUCAGGGAAGUGAGGAAAAUACCACAUUGCCAGGUGCCAUGGGGAAGUUAACGUUAGAAGAUGGACACCUGAAUGCAAAAUCUGAGCCGACUUUUGCAGAAAAUAAGACUGACUGUUUUUCCCACCGUGACCCUUUAGUACAAAACUUAGAAAUGACAUAUGAAGAAAGACUUUGUGAGCAGGUAAACACCAACGAUAGUUCUGCGAAGUGUGAAGAAUUUGAUGGUUCUGCUCAGCAAAACACAGAUGGAACGAAAGAAGAAAUGAUUCAAAGAAAAACACACGGACCUUUCUACUAUGUCACGUCAGAAACCAAACUAGUUAUUGACGCAGGUGGUGACAGAGCCACAAAAGAUGAUGGACAGGAGGGGAUGAGCUAUGACAUGAUAGGAGGCCUGUCCAGGGAGCUGUCAAUCAUCCGUGACAUGGUAGAGCUUCCGUUGACUUGUCCAGAGGCCUUCAGAAGUCUGGGAGUGGGCCCACCCAGUGGAGUUCUGCUGUUUGGCCCACCAGGGACAGGCAAGACCAUGGUGGCCAGGACACUGGCUGCUGAGAUUGGGGCAACCUUUAUCACUAUCAACGGGCCAGAAGUUCUCUGCAAAUUUUAUGGAGAGACAGAGUCCAGACUCAGAGAUAUCUUUCAACAAGCUGAAGACAGAGCACCAUGUAUUAUAUUCAUCGAUGAACUGGAUGCACUUUGCCCAAGGAGGGAUAAAAUCCAGUCAGAGUUGGAGAAGAGAGUAGUUGCUACUUUGCUGACCCUGAUGGAUGGUAUAAGGCUCCCAGGCCAGGUGGUUGUGCUGGCUGCCACCAACCGGCCAGGUGCAGUUGACCCAGCCUUGCGCCGCCCGGGAAGGUUUGAUAGGGAGGUAGAAAUCCCCAUCCCCAAUGCCGUGCAAAGGGCUGAGAUUCUGUCUUGCCUGCUGAGGAAGAUGCCUCAUACUCUCAGUCCAGAUAACAUUGCCAGCAUUGCGGACAGUGCUCAUGGCUAUGUAGGAGCUGACCUAACAGCUGUUUGUAAAGAAGCUGGUCUCCAGGCAUUCAGAAGAUACACAGAAAGAGUAAAGGUUGACGAGUACACAGAGACUGCAGGUGGUGACAGCAGCCUGGCUCAAACUGUCCAAGUGUCCCUGGAAGAUUUUGUCUUUGCUUUGAGGGAAGUGAAACCAAGUGCCAUGAGGGAGGUCAUGAUUGAUGUGCCAAGAGUGCAUUGGUCUGACAUUGGAGGCCAGGCUGUGAUCAAACAGAAGCUGCAGCAGGCGGUGCAGUGGCCUCUACAGAACCCUGAGGCCUUCCAGAGGAUGGGCAUCCAGCCUCCCCACGGCAUCCUCAUGUACGGACCUCCCGGCUGCUCCAAGACUCUCAUUGCCAGGGCACUAGCAACAGAGAGUGGACUCAACUUUAUAGCUGUUAAGGGUCCUGAGUUGUUCAGUAAGUGGGUGGGAGAGUCGGAGCUGGCUGUGAGGGAGGUGUUUCGUAAGGCGCGUGCUGCUGCUCCAUCCAUCGUGUUCUUUGAUGAGAUCGAUGCCCUGGCAGUGUCAAGGGGGAGCUCUGGUGGGGCAAACAGUGUAGCAGACCGUGUUCUGGCACAGCUGCUGACAGAGAUAAAUGGAGUAGACAGACUGGGAGAUGUCACCAUCGUGGCUGCCACCAACCGUCCGGACAUGAUCGACAAGGCGUUGUUGAGACCAGGAAGAAUUGAUCGUAUCCUGUACAUACCACUGCCUGAUGCCGACACAAGACGUGAGAUCCUCAAGAUACAAUUCCAAACUAUGCCAGUCAGCCCAGACCUGGAUGUGGACUGGCUCGUGCAGAAAACUCAGAACUAUUCUGGAGCAGAGGUAGUUGCAGUGUGCCAAGAAGCUGCACUUUCUGCCUUGACAGAAGACAUCAAAGCUCAGUCUGUCCUGGGGAGACAUUUUCACCAAGCCCUGCAGGCAGUCUGUGCCAGGAUCGGACCAGAGAUGAUUAGAUUCUACCAGCAGUACCAACAGAACAGUGGACUUCACUGUAUUUGAGUCCAUCACAAGGCAGAGAAGUACUACAUGUAUGCAGUAAUAUUUUGGACAAUAAUCCAUGCUAGUACUCCCAGUCCUGCUCUAAUCCUGUGUUAUACAUGUCUUAUGCAGUUUGGUCAGGACUGUUAAUAGCUCUUUCAAGGAUGCAAAAGCUAAGAAAAGGACCAAAUUUAUUUAGAAUUAGGCCACACCGACUUAAUUUUAUGGAUGACAGAUCUGAAGACCCCUAAACUAGUGCACGUGGGCGAAUAAAAAAA